AUGGACAUUGCUCUAUUCUCCCCGUCUUCACUUUUCGCGGACGAUGAUGAUGACUCCAUUGAGGAAACAAAGAAGACGCAAGAGAGCCAUGUGGAGAGGAGGCACAGUUUUCCUGGAAUGGAGUUGCUCAUUAGAGAAUUCUCUUUUCACCAGUUGAAUGCUAAUUUGCUCUGGCCAGGGACAUUUGCAUUUGCAGAAUGGUUAGUUCAAAACAGAUCAUUUGUUGAAGGGCGGCGUUGCAUUGAAUUGGGCAGUGGCACUGGAGCUUUGGCCAUUUUUCUUCGUAAAUCAUUCCAUCUUGACAUCACAACAUCAGACUAUAAUGAUCAGGAAAUUGAAGAAAACAUAGCUCAUAAUUGCAGAGUGAAUGGAGUCACACCUGUCCUUCCUCACAUUAGGCAUUCUUGGGGGGACACCUUUCCAGCUGCUGAUCCUGACUGGGACCUGGUUAUUGCUAGUGAUAUCUUAUUGUAUGUUAAACAGUAUCCAAACUUGAUAAAAACUCUUUCCUUUCUUCUCGAAUCUUACAAGCUGAAAAAUGACAGAGCAGGCUCUAUCAUGGACAAUGAGCAGAAUGAAGCAGGAACACAUAUCAGGUUGCCUAGUCCAGCAUUUUUAAUGAGUUGGAGACGUAGAAUUGGCAAGGAGGAUGAAUCUCUUUUCUUUGAUGGUUGUGAGAGCGCCGGGCUUCAAGUGAAGCAUCUUGGAUCCCGUAGAAGGCUUCUGAGACGAGAUUGGGAGAUUACUGUGCGUCAUGUAUAUAGGGAAGCCAAUUCAGCUGCUGAUGGAUUGGCCAACAAAGGAGCAGAUUUUGUACAUGAUCUU